GGAGGCGCAUCGUUUGCGCGUAAUUCCAUAUAUUUACUCUUUGUCCGAUGUGCGCAAAGAUGAGUGGUUGUGGAGAGUUUGGACGUUUCCUGGCCGGGGGGAGGGCCCACUGCAGGCUCGGGCUUUGGGGGGGUAGAGUUGUGUCAAGUGUUUGACAGGGAGCGGCGGCAGCAGCAGCUCAAAGCGGGAAGAUGGCGCGGCGCUGCAGCCGUGCCACGUCUCGCCUCACAGAAGCGCAGCGGACUCCAGCCAGAAGCGCAGCAGCUGCAGCGAUCCUGCUGCUGUGCGUCGGUCUGCUUCCUCCCGCCGCGCAGGCCGGACUCUACACCGCCUCUGACCAGAUCACGCUGCUGACGCAGGACAACGUGGAGUCGGUGUUGGUGAACUCCACAGCUGCGGCGGUGGUGGAGUUUUACGCGUCGUGGUGUGGCCACUGCGUCUCCUUUUCUCCAAUCUACAAAAGCCUGGCCAGGGACAUCACAGAGUGGAGGCCUGCAGUGACACUGGCAGCUAUCGACUGUGCUUCAGAGGAGAACAGGAAGAUCUGCGUCGACUAUAAAAUCAGAGGAUUUCCCAGCAUCAAGUUCUUCCAGGCGUAUUCCAAAGAGGAUUCCUAUGGAACCACUUAUUCAGGCUUUCCUCGUGACAUCUCCGGCCUUCGCCACGCCAUCAUCGACAGCUUAGAGGCCCAUGGGGAGCCCUGGCCCCCCGCCUGCCCCCCACUGGAGCCCAUUAGCCAAGCUGAAGUUGACGUCUUUUUUGGGACCAACCCUGUUCAAUAUCUGGCCUUGAUUUUUGAGGAGUCCAAGUCUUACAUCGGGCGGGAGGUGAUCCUGGACCUGCUGCAGUUCGAGAACAUCACGGUGAGGAGAGUUCUGAGCUCAGAGGUCGGCCUCGUGACCAAACUGGGAGUGACAGAGUUUCCAUCCUGUUACCUCUAUUAUCCUGAUGGCAACUUUUCCAGACUCCAAGUGAGCAGAGAGGCUCGCACUUUCUACACGUACGCCCUCAUGAGGCUGCCCGGGGUGGUGCGGUCGGGAAGGCCCGCAGUCAUCAGCUCGGUCGUCAUCACCAACAGCUCAGCAGAACCCUGGAGGUCGUUCAACAGAACCAGAGUGUACAUGGCAGACCUGGAGUCGACGCUGCACUACGCGCUGCGCGUGGAGCUGGCUGCUCAUUCGCUCAUCAAAGGUCAAGCGCUGACCUCCCUCAAGAACUACAUCGCUGUUCUGGAAAAGUAUUUUCCAGGUCGCUCUGUGGUCAUGAACCUGUUAAAGUCGGUCAACUCCUGGCUUCAGAAUACGACUGCAGAUCAAAUUUCCUAUGAGGCGUUUAGGGAAAUGCUGGACAACAAAGCUCAGGUUCCAAACACAGCCCUGCCUGAAGGAGAGAGGUGGGUGGGCUGUCAGGGUUCACAGCCCCACUUCCGACGUUACCCGUGCGGGGUGUGGACGCUCUUCCACGUUCUCACCGUCCAGGCCAAUAGCAGAGGAAGUUCAAAUCCUCAGGAAGUCCUGCGUGCGAUGAGGAACUACGUGAAGAACUUCUUUGGCUGCAGAGCGUGUGCCGAACACUUUGAGACCAUGGCGAGGGAGAACCUGGGGGCAGUGGACUCGCUGCCAUUAGCGAUGCUGUGGCUAUGGUCCGCACACAACCGGGUUAACAGCAGAAUCGCAGGUGCAUUGAGUGAAGACCCCCACUUCCCAAAGAUCCAGUGGCCCCCCCCAGAGAUGUGCCACUCCUGUCAUAGUGCGUCUUCAGACGGGGAGCACAGUUGGAAAACCUACCGGGUGGUGUCCUUCCUCUCCUCGUACUUCUCUUCUAGCCGCAUCCUCAAUGACUAUCUGGAGGAUGAAAGUCAAAUUCUGGAGAAGCAGAAACAAAAGCACAAUCAACAGCUCAAGUUAGUGUCUCAAACACACGUUCAGAGGAAAGCCAGGGAGGCCUCAAACUCCGUAACGCUUCCUCCAUCAUCAUCACCACCGUCCCCUCUGGAAGAGGACGAGGAAGGACCGGAUGACGGAGUGGCGUAUGAAGAAGAGGAGGCCGGAGAAGAAGCCGAAGCCGUGAAGGAGAUGGAACGAGGGGACGACCGUCAGCAGAAACACAAGAAGCCAAGCUUCGUGGGGAUGAGGAUGCGAGCGCCGCAGGAGGACAUCGUGGAUCUGGACUCGUUUGUAAACAAACACUUCGGGGCGAAGGUGCUCCAGUUCGGCUCCUCCAGCCUGGUGAAGCAGCGCACCCUGCAGAGGAAGGUGGAGCAGGAGCCCAGGCCCGUGUUCGGGCUCAGCUUGGAGCUGGAUGCUGGGGUCGGAAUGGUGGGCCUGCAGCCCAUCGACGAAGGCUUCGGGAGCCGAACGAAGCGGCUCCGGAAACGAGAACUGGCAGCCCAGUAUUUUGAGGAAGGGGCGGAGCCGGGCCACCGGGGCCGUUGGAUAUCUGUGCUGAGUAUCGGGUUCUCAAAGCUGGACAUCAGCCUGUGUGUGGUUCUGUAUUUCCUCUCCACCGCCUGUCUUCUGGGCAUGUAUCUUUUCUUCAGAAACCGCCUCAAGCGACGGCGGAUUAAACUCGCUUUGCCCUAAACAUCCAUGUUCAGAUGAGCACAUAUGUAUGGAGAGAAAAUAGACUCACUCUGAUUUGUGCGUCCGUAAUUCUUGAUUUGUAACUCAUAUAAUACAUUUUAUGCCUAAGUAAAAAAAA